ACUAUGUUCUGGUAUGCCGUCAUCACUGCUGUCGUACUGCUAGGCUACGGAACGACAAAUGCUCUCAAGGUGGCUUUAUUCCCAUCAACUGGCUGCUAUAGCCAUGAUGUUAUGAUGCGAGAAGUUGGUGAGGCAUUAGGUCCGACUGCAAAUGUCACAUGGAUUCAAACGUUUAUCUUCGAUUUUGGUUUCGGUGAGAUUGACCUGCCAUCGAAGUGGACUCGUAUCAGCUUAUGGGGCCACGACAAUGAAAGUAAGUCUGGCCUUCUGUCUAAAGCAAUGCGGUUAUUAUGGUAUCAGUUUCCUUUGCAGGUUUUCUUGAAUGAAAGUCAUCCAUAUAACCCAUCAAUAUCAACUCGAUUUGGAGUAGGUCCGAAUCCACCAGGCCUUCUAUCUCUUGUAGGGAGGGUGGCUGGAUGUGAAAUUCCUUCUGGAUGA